AUGCACCCUUCACUCUACCUCACCUUUCUCCUAUUUGUCCUCUUGGCUGUGAAUGCUUAUGGAAUUGAGCAAGACAAUGGUAUGGAAAAGGUUUCGUUCGUGAAAUCUCCCACUUACCCAAAAGUUCAUCGUGUAAAUCAAACGUGGUCAUAUCAAUCUGCCAAUGCAAGAGGAAAUAUUACGUAUUCAGAUCCAUAUUUCUGGUUAGAAGCUACCGGAAAAAAUAAAGAAAUUGAACAGUUUGUUGAUGAUCAAACAAAUGUUACUGAAACGUACAUUCAAGGCUGCCACAACAAACAGGUAAUCGAACAAUCGCUUCUGGAAGCAAGUACGUUCGAUAAGUACAAAAAUGUCGCUUUGGUUUCUUCAAACAACGGUGGAACUCCCUUCUAUCUCUAUCAAGUAAUCCGUUCAGGCGAUCAUGCACCUGUAUGGUAUACAGCAACCGUUGCUGAAUUUCAAGAUGCAAAGAAGAACAAUUUUCAGCCUCUUCCUGGCAAACCAUUCUUGGACGAAGCUUUGUUGAGUGCGGAUGGUGUAGCGAGUAUUCUGAUAUGGAACACUUCACCUGAUGGAAAAAUCUUUUCUUAUCUUGUCAUUGAAAGUGGUGAAGUUGGAACAUGGUUCUUCCGUCGCUUUACUUCACCUUUGAUCACUGCAAAAACAAAGCCAUUAGGUGGAGAAGGUAGAUUGAAAGAUAUUCUUCCAGUGAGCUCAGAUCAAAUUUCUUGGACGCCUGAUUGCAAAGGGAUUUUUUACCCAAAAACAGUCAGCUCUGACGAUGGCACAAAUACAGAUCUGGGCUAUAAAAUAGUCUACCAUGCUUGGGGCACCGAUAAUGCUGAGGAUAUCACCAUCUUUGACUCUAAAAAUGCGGGAGAAUAUGGUGAUAUUACGUACUAUUUCACUUCUAUGAGCCCAAACGGCAAGUGGCUAGGAAUUUUUGGAUACCACGAGGAUACAUAUUUCAACAUGGUAGGUUAUGCAACCCAAUUGACAGGUCAAAAAAUCUCCGAGAAUAUGGAAUGGAUUUCAAUUUCACCAUCAUAUGAUUUUUCAAUGUUUGUUGGUGGAAUCGUGGACGAUGACGUAAUCUUUCAAACAAACAAAGAUGCACCAAACAAUAAAGUUGCCAAAAUCCAUUUAGAUUGGUCAAAAGCACGUCAAGUGAAAAACUUUACCGAACUUCAAGAUCGUCCGCCAGUAAUUGAUGUGGUUGCUGAGCGUGAGAAUGCACUGAUCGUCCAAAAUGGUGCUUUCGUCACAAACAAUGACAAGAUCGUUGUCAUCACUGUAGAAAAUGCACAAAAUCAAGUUCACGUUUAUAGUUUAAAGGACGGAAAAGAGAUUUCACGUCUGAUUCCGGAUGAAAAAGUCACCUAUGAUGUAUGGGUUGCCGACCAGUUCAGUGAUACCUUUAUCAUGCUGUUUUAUAGCUGGAACUCACCUCGCAAGAUAUACGAAUUCAAAUCUAAAGGAAGUAAAGUAGAAUCUUCUUUGGUAACCGAUCAACAUAUAAAAGGAACGAAUCCGGACGAUUUCGCCAUUGAAGAGCUUUACGCUACCUCAAAAGAUGGUACAAAGGUACCAUACUUUGUCACCUACCGUAAAGGGACAAAAAAGGACGGAAAGGCGCCUGCUUGGGUUCAUGUUUACGGUUCAUACGGCAUUGUUGAUAGUUUGUAUUACGAACCGAACUACUUUGACUUUUUGAGAAGCUACAAUAGCUUCUUCGUUUGGGCUUUACCAAGAGGGGGUGGCGACUUCGGUGCAAGAUGGCAUGAAGGCGGACAAGGAUUGAAAAAGCAAAAUACGUUUGAUGAUACUGUUGCUGUUUUGAAAGAUCUGAUCAGGCUGAACAUUACUUCACCAGGUCAAAUUAUCAUUCAAGGCAAAUCUGCUGGUGGUGCCGCCGCUGCUGCUGUACUAAAUCAAGUUCCUGAUCUUGUUGGAGUAGCAUUGCUUGUGAAAGCACCUACAGAUGCAUUUCAAUGGGAACUUCGAACGACUUUAGGCGCGGCAAAUAGAAUAGAAUUCGGAGAUGUGACAACGCCUGAAGGAUUUGAUGCUGUUUUCGCAUGGUCACCUUUGCAAAAUAUCCAGAAGAAGAUCUCUUAUCCAGCAGUGUUGUUAACGCCAGGUGAAGAUGAUGAACGUGUAGUUCCUUCUUUCAGCUAUAAGUUCGUGGCACAGUUACAAUAUGAUCAUCCGAACAAUCCGAAGCCACUGUUGAUGUACGUCGUCAAAGGUCAGGCACACACGCGCAGUACCGUUGGCGAAAGUGUGUAUCAAUUUUGUGUCAUUGAAGAGUCUUUGGGUAUCACAAGAAGGAAGACGACAUGA